CAAAACAAAUAUUAUUACAAAAAUAUCUCCUUUUGUUUUUUCAUUUGAAAGUAUGGAAUCAAAAUGUACUUUGGGACCAUAAUAAUAAUACCGGGUUUUCACAUCAUUGUUUGUAUGGGGUCCUUCAGCGGUGAUGGGCGACGGAUUCAUAGCCAAGGGGAUAACCUUCGAGAACUCAGCAGGGCCAAGCAAGAACCAAGCCGUGGCAUUAAGGAGUGGAUCAGACCUCUCCGCCUUCUACAAAUGCAGCUUCGUAGCCUACCAAGACACUCUCUACGUCCACUCCCUCAGGCAAUUCUACCGAGAAUGCGACAUAUACGGCACCGUCGACUGCAUCUUCGGCAACGCAGCUGCCGUUUUCCAAGCCUGCAGUUUAUACGCUCGUAAACCAAACCCAGACCAAGAGAACGUUUUCACAGCUCAAGGAAGAGCAGACCCGAACCAGAACACUGGGAUUUCAAUUUUGAACUGUAAAAUCCGUGCCGAUUCUGAUUUAAUCCCCGUAAUAUCAUCGUUCAAGACGUAUUUGGGGCGUCCCUGGAAAGAGUAUUCGAGGACGGUUAUUAUGCGGUCGUAUAUAGAUGAUUUGGUGGAUCCUGCAGGAUGGUUGGAAUGGAAUGGGAAUUUUGCUUUGAAUACACUUUAUUAUGGGGAGUUUUUGAAUAGAGGACCAGGGUCGGAUACGAGUCGUAGAGUUACAUGGCCUGGGUAUAGAGUCAUUACGAGCUUCGCAGAUGCAAAUCAGUUCACUGUUGGGGCAUUUAUACAAGGAAACCAGUGGUUGAAUUCUACUGAUAUUCCAUUCAAUCUCGGCUUGAGGUGAAACCUGAAAUUUAAAUGGCGUAAUUACGGUUUAGCCCUUUUUUCUUUUUUGUAAAUAUUUUGAUCAAUUGCCAUCACAUGCAUGUCAAAUUGCU